AUGCCGUUUGGACAGCUAAUUAUCGGUCCCCCCGGAUCGGGCAAAUCAACUUAUUGCAACGGCAUGAACCAGUUUCUGUCGGCAAUUGGCCGGAAACCGUCGAUUAUCAACCUGGAUCCAGCAAAUGACCAUUUACCCUAUGACGCUGCUCUUGACAUUAGAGACUUUACCACUCUGGAAGACGUCAUGAAAGAGCAGAAUCUAGGACCGAAUGGUGGCAUCAUUUAUGCUUUGGAACAACUUGACGAGUCUACGGACCUAUUUAUUGAGCAAGUGAAAAAGCUCGGAUCAAAAGAGUAUCUGCUCAUUGACUGCCCUGGUCAGGUCGAGCUUUUCACCCACCACGGAGCACUAGCCCAUAUCGUCAAACGGCUCGAAAAGGACCUCGGGGUCCGGCUUGUUGUUGUGAACUUGAUUGACAGUUACUACCUCUCGUCGGCCUCGCAGUACAUUUCUGUGUUGUUGCUGGCUCUGCGAACCAUGCUACAGUUUGAUCUGCCUCAUAUCAAUGUGCUGAGCAAAAUUGAUCUUGUAUCGAAUUACGGGCCUCUACCUUUCAAGCUCGACUAUUAUACGGAGGUACAGGAUCUAGAGCGUAUAUACCCCAACGUUGAGCAGGAAAUGGGACCAAGGUUUUCUAGACUAACAGAGGCAAUUGGCGAAGUGGUGACUGAUUUCGGUCUGGUGGAUUUCCAAGUGCUGGCCGUCGAAGACAAAAAGUCGAUGAUAUCGCUGCUGUCUGUUAUCGACAAGGCUAGCGGCUACUUGUUUGGAUCCACGGAAAUCGGUGGUGAUUCAAUUUGGGUGGACGCCACACGUCAAGGAGGCUAUCUGGGCGGCCCUAUUGAUAUUCACGAACGAUGGGUCGAGCACAAAAAGGAAUACGAUCAGGCAGCCGUCCAAGAACGAGACGAUCGCAUGAAUGACGCCGACGAGUGGAAUGCAGAAUUGGCAGCUUUUGAGCAAGAAACAGGCAUAAAGGCCACCAAGUGGGGCGAAUAA